AUGGGGAACUCAUUCAGAAUCGGCUCUGCCUGCGCUCGACAGCUCGCCCAACAUGGGGUCCAUCUGGCGUUGACAUACUCGAGCAAUCUGGCCUCCAUCACAGCGCUCGUCAACGACGAACUGAAACCCGCGCAUCCGGACCUGCGCAUCUCGAUCCACCAGGUGGACGUCUCUUCCGCCGAGCAGAUCGAGAAGAUGUUCACCGAGAUCGACGCGCAACACGGGCAGCGACCGGACAUCCUGGUCUCGAACGCGGGGUACGGCAAGCGCGUCCCCAACGUGUGGGACAUCAGCCUGGAGGAGUUCGAUUACACCAUCACCGUCAACCUCCGCGCGUCGUUUAUCCUCGUCAAGGGGGUAGUCGAGCACAUGAAGGCGCAACGAUGGGGACGGAUCGUGUUCAUGUCGUCGAUUGCGGGGUAUGGUGGAGGGAUUAACGGAUGUCGUAAGCACCCUCCCAGUCCCAAAAAAAAUAAAAAGGGAAAAAGAAAGAAAAAAAAUCUAACAUGUGUUAUGUAA